CAUUCUCACUGCUUCCUGUGUGCCCAUAGCACCGUCGGGCUUACCGCAAUUCUCCUGCUCCGGGGUGGGACAGGGCCUGGCGCUUUGAGCGGUGGGAUCUUAGGGCUGGUGCCGUGACGUUGGAGCAGCCGUGAUAAGUCAUGAUGUUCCGGACGUUAUACAAUUACUUUUGGUGGGAUCGGCUCUGGUUGCCCGUGAACCUGACCUGGGCUGACCUGGAAGACCGCGAUGGGCGGAUCUAUGCCAAGGCCUCGGACCUCUACAUCACCAUCCCGUUAGCCUUCCUCUUCCUCAUCGUCAGGCAUCUCUUCGAAUUGUAUGUGGCUACCCCACUAGCUGGACUUUUGAAUGUCAAGGAGAAGAUCCGAUUAAAAGCCACCCCGAAUCCCGUGCUAGAAAAGUUCUACGCUUCGUCCACGAAACACCCCAAGCAGGGUGAUGUCGAGAUGCUCUCCAAGAAGAGUGGCUGCACGGAGCGGCAGGUGGAGCGCUGGUUCCGACGCCGGCGCAAUCAGGACCGGCCCAGCUUGCUCAAGAAGUUCCGGGAGGCCAGUUGGCGAUUCACCUUUUACCUUAUUGCUUUCAUUGCUGGCAUGGCCGUCAUAGUGGAUAAACCCUGGUUCUCUGACCUGAGGGAGGUGUGGAAAGGUUACCCGGUCCAGACCACACUGCCGUCUCAGUACUGGUACUACAUGAUCGAGCUGUCCUUCUACUGGUCCCUCCUCUUCAGCAUCGCCUCGGACGUGAAGCGCAAGGACUUCAAAGAGCAGAUCAUCCACCACGUGGCCACCAUCAUCCUGAUCAGCUUCUCCUGGUGCGUCAACUACAUCCGGGCCGGGACGCUGAUCAUGGCCCUGCACGACUCUUCUGACUACCUGCUGGAGUCUGCCAAGAUGUUCAACUACGCCGGCUGGAAGAACACCUGCAACAACAUCUUCAUCGUGUUCGCUGCCGUCUUCAUCGUCACUCGCCUCGUCAUCCUGCCCUUCUGGAUCAUGCAUUGCACAGUGAUCUACCCUCUGGACCUGUACCCGCCCUUCUUCGGUUACUACUACUUUAACUGCAUGAUGGUGGUGCUGCAGUCGCUGCAUAUCUUCUGGGCCUACCUCAUCAUCCGCAUGGCCCACAAGUUCAUAACUGGAAAGGUGGUGGAAGACGAGAGGAGUGAUCGCGACGAGACGGACAACACGGAGGAGGAGGAGGAGGUGACGAAGAACGGGCCCCUUUCCAACGGGCACCCCGUCCUAAACAACAACCACCGGAAAACCGACUGAUUUCAGGCGCAUGCGGACGUGGCGUCAGCGUGCUGCCCGGUCCCACCACCGCAGGCGUGAGCUGAGAGAGCCAAACUUUGAGAACUUCAGCUUCCACCCUGCCGCCAACCAUAGUACAAGGGUCUCCUGCCUGUCCCCUAGAAAUAGUUACUCCCCCUCUUCUCUCCUCAGAAGGGAUCUAGUGGAAAUAGCUGACCCAGCUAGGGGGGAGACUAGAGGAACGGACCCUGCAGUGCCAGCACCACCCCUCCACGUGUGCUUAGAAUGCGCCAUUCUUCCUUGUCACUGCAGAUGGAAAUGUGCCAACCUUGGGAGAGGGAGGGGUGGUAGCUCUUUGUACCACCAGACAGUAGUGUCCUUUCUCUCUCCUCACCCAGCUGCCUUAAAACCAACCGGGGAGGCAAGGAUUCCCUUCUCCAAGGCUAGCAGGCCCUGUCUCCGAACUAGAGCAGUACGGUGGAAGCCUUUGUGCCGGCAGCCAUUGCUGCAGGAGGGAGGGGGGCAGGUUGCUCUCAUGGUGGUUUGGUUUGGUUUGGUUUUUCACACACAUGCAGAAGGCUGGUGCCAGUUCCUUCCCAGGCUGUUCUUGGCAAGGCACGGUUUCACGGCCUCCUUAGUUGCUCUUUUCCUCUGGAGUUUCCAGAAAGGAAUCCCCUAGCUGUGUUGCUGGUGGAAAUAACACACACAGCUGAACUCGGUUGUCUCCUGUGUCCUCUGAGGCCUUGGGGGCAAUUGCAAAGACUCGCUUGUUCUCCCUUGUUGUCAGUUGUUGGGUUUUUUAAAUGACUGCAAGGCCUCCCCGGCCACCUGUUUAGCUGCAGUGAGGGAAUCAAAUCUUAGGGAAGCCAGAGCCCACCCUGUCAGUCCCAGCUCUGCAGCUUCGCUAGUCUGAGCCUGUGCAGGCCCUCGGGGGAGCCAGCUGCAGCCCAAAGGUGUUCAGGGGCUAAGAUGAUUACUGGCUCCCACUGUGAAGGGGGCCUCGUUUUGAAAGAAGCCCCUGGUUCACAUCUUGGCUUUACUUGCCACAGCCAGCGAACAGUGGUCAGUGCUCUGGCGGCUGGCUCCCCGGCAAGCAAAGGGCUGGGAGGAGCUAAGUCCCUGGCUUGUGCUAGGGCGUGUGAAUAAAGAGCAGCCCUAGUGACCUUGUGCUGUUUACAGCUCUCCACCCCAGUGACAGACCUGGGCAUCAGGUGCCAUUUGUUAUCCCAGGGGAGAGGCUAAAGGAAGUAGCUGAAUGUCUGAGUAUUAAUGGCUGAUUUAUUAGACAACACUAUUGAGUAUUUGCUGGAAGGAAGCUGGGCAUCGUAAGACACUACCUAAUCCCUAUUUCAGCAAGGACUGAACACAUCCCAUUGUUUUGCGCUAUAAAAAUUGGUUCUGACCAGCUUUAAUGAUCUAUUCCAUGUCCCUUUUUUUUACACUCUCGGUGUACAGACAUUUUCUCCUCCUCCCUGGUUAUAGAUGGACAAAUGAAUCAAACUUAUUUUUUUCUAUUUAUUUUUUUAAAGCUAGGACUAAGUACAAAAAGGAACUGGACCACAGAGAGUCUCACGUCAAAACCAAUUCGGGGGGGGCUGACAUGCUGCAGGCAAUAAAACUUUCCAGGCUAGACAGGGGUUGGAGACAAGGACCAUUAACCUAACUUCAGACCAAAAUGUUGUUUUUUAAAAGUUAAAAUUUAUUAAAAGUUAAAACUAAAACUUCUGUACAA